AGAUGAUGGCUGUGUUCUGUGACCACAGAAGCUGGUUACGUACUAAUUUCCUCUAGGGCUUGUGAUGAAGUCAGUAAACCACAGCCUUCAGCAUGCUCUGCUCAGGCUGCAGCAGUGGCUUUUUGGAGGUGUCUCGGCCAUGACACACAUUUGAUAUGCCCAACCUCAACCUACACAUAGACUGUUUCUCUUGCUCUGCAGCAUGGACCAAAGAGAAAUUCUGCAGAAGUUCCUGGAUGAGGCCCAAAACAAGAAAAUUAACAAAGAGGAGUUUGCAAAUGAAUUUAUGAAGCUGAAAAGGCAAUCUACCAAAUACAAGGCAGACAAAACCUAUCCUACAACUGUGGCGGAGAAGCCCGAGAACAUCAAGAAAAACAGAUAUAAGGAUAUUUUGCCCUAUGAUUAUAGCCGGGUAGAACUAUCCCUGAUAACUUCUGAUGAGGAUUCCAGCUACAUCAAUGCCAACUUCAUUAAGGGAGUUUAUGGACCCAAGGCUUAUAUUGCCACCCAAGGUCCUUUAUCUACAACUCUCCUGGACUUCUGGAGGAUGAUUUGGGAAUACAGCGUCCUGAUCAUUGUUAUGGCAUGCAUGGAGUAUGAAAUGGGAAAGAAAAAGUGUGAGCGCUACUGGGCUGAGCCAGGAGAGAUGCAGCUGCAAUUUGGCCCUUUCUCCAUAUCCUGUGAAACUGAAAAAAGGAAAUCUGAUUAUAUCAUCAGGAAUCUAAAAGUUAAGUUCAAUAAUGAAACUCGAACUAUCUACCAGUUUCAUUACAAGAAUUGGCCAGACCAUGAUGUCCCUUCAUCUAUAGACCCUAUUCUUGAGCUCAUCUGGGAUAUACGUUGUUACCAAGAGGAUGACAGUGUUCCCAUAUGUAUUCACUGCAGUGCUGGCUGUGGAAGGACUGGUGUUAUUUGUGCUAUUGAUUACACAUGGAUGUUGCUAAAAGAUGGGAUCAUUCCCGAGAACUUCAGUGUUUUCAGUUUGAUCCAGGAAAUGCGGACACAGAGGCCUUCAUUAGUUCAAACUCAGGAACAAUAUGAACUGGUCUACAGUGCUGUAUUAGAACUAUUUAAGAGACAGAUGGAUGUUAUCAGCAAUAAACAUUCUGGAACAGAGAGUCAAGCAAAGUAUUCUAUUCCUGAGCAAAAUCACACUCUCCAAGCAGACUCUUACUCUCCUAAUUUACCAAAAAGUGCCAUAAAGGCAGCAAAAAUGAUGGACCAACAGAGCAAACAAAGGACAAAAAAGGAAAGCACAGAAUCUUCUUCCUUUGACUCUAGGACUUCUGAAAAAAGUGCAGAGGAAGAGCUAGUUUUGCAUCCUACUAAAUUAAGCACUUCUUUUGACUUUCUGGAGCUAAAUUAUGGUUUCAACAAAAAUGCUGACACAACCAUGAAAUGGCAGACAAAUGCAUUUCCAACAGUUGGGGAACCUCUUCAGAAGCAUCAAAGUUUAGAUUUGGGCUCUAUUUUGUUUGAAGCAUGUUCUAAUUCUAAACCUGUAAAUGCAGCAGGAAGAUAUUUUAAUUCAAAGGUGCCAAUAACACGGACCAAAUCAACUCCUUUUGAAUUGAUACAGCAGACAGAAACCAAGGAGUUGGAUGGCAAGGAAAACUUUUCUUAUUUGGAAUCUCAACCACAGGAUUCUUGUUUUGUAAAGAUGCAGGCUCAAAAAGUAAUGCACGUUUCUUCAGCAGAACUGAAUUAUUCACUGCCGUAUGAAUCUAAGCACCAAAUAUGUAACGUCUCUAAUGUAAAGCACUGUGACCCCGGUGUUCUUGGUGUAUAUUCUUACAUAUCUUUAGCGGAAGAUCCUUAUUUUUCAACAUUGCCUCCAAGUGGUACCGGUUCUAAGAUGUCUCUUGAUUUACCUGAGAAGCAAGAUGGAACUGUUUUGCCCUGUUCUUUGUUGCCAACAUCCUCUACAUCCCUCUUUUCUUGUUGCAAUUCACAUGAUUCUUUAUCACUGAAUUCUCCAACCAGUAUUCCCCCACUACUGAACCAAGAGUCAGCUGUAGUAGCAACUGCUCCAAGGAUAGAUGAUGAAAUCCCCCCUCCACUUCCUGUACGGACACCUGAAUCAUUUAUUGUGGUUGAGGAAGCUGAAGAAUUCUCACCAAAUGUUCCCAAAUCCUUAUCCUCGACUGUGAAGGUAAAAAUUGGAACAUCACUGGAAUGGGGUGGAACAUCUGGACCAAAGAAAUUUGAUGACUCUGUGAUACUUAGACAAAGCAAGAGUGUAAAAUUUCGAAGUCCUAAAUCAGAACUACAUCAAGAUCGUUCUUCUCCCCCACCUCCUCUCCCAGAAAGAACUCUAGAGUCCUUCAUUCUUGCCGAUGAAGAUUGUAUGCAGGCCCAAUUUAUAGAAACAUAUUCUACUAGCUGUCCUGACACCAUGGAAAAUUCAACAUCUUCAAAACAGACACUGAAGACUCCUGGAAAAACUUUCACAAGGAGUAAGAGUUUGAAAAUUUUGCGAAACAUGAAAAAGAACAGGGCCUUGCUCUGUCACCUAGUCUGGAGUGCAGUGGUGCAAUCUGGGCUCAUCACAUCCUCUGCCUCCCAGGUAUCUGUAAUUCUUGUCCACCAAACAAGCCUGCAGAAUCUGUUCAGUCAAGUAACUCCAGCUCAUUUCUCAAUUUUGGUUUUGCAAACCGUUUUUCAAAACCCAAAGGACCAAGGAAUCCACCACCAACUUGGAAUAUUUAAUACAACUCCAGAUUUAUAAGAAUAUGGGCUGCAAAUACACGUGCGACUAAAACUACUAGAAUACUGCCAGUUAAAAUAAAUGCUCUAUAUGCAUAAUACCAAAUAUAAAGAGAUGCUAAUGUGUUAAUAGCUUUUAAAAGAAAAGCAAAAUGCAAAUAAGUGCCAGUUUUGCAUUUUCAUAUUACUUACAUUGAGUUGAAAACUGCAAAUGUUUGUCACUUGAGCUUAUGUAGAGAAUGCUAUAUGAGAAACACUUUUAGAAUGGAUUUAUUUUUCAUUUUUGCAAGUUAUUUUUAUCUUACUUUUUUACAUAAACAGAAACUUCAAAAGGUUUGUAAGAUUUGGAUCUCAACUAAUUUCUCCAUUGCCAGAAUUUACUAUAAAAAGUUAUAAAAAAGACUUACCUUGUGGGUUGUAAUACAAACUGCUCUUGACAAUGACUAUUCCCUGGGAGUUAUUUUUGCCUAAAUGUAGUAUACCUUAUAAAUCUUCCCAGAUGUUGUAGAAAACUGGAAUAUUAAGAAAAUGAGAAAUUAUGAGAAUAAAAUGUGCAAAUAAUGACAAUUGUUUGAAUAUAACAACAAGGCAUUCAACUACAUUCCUGCUAAGUUUUAACCAAAGUCAUUAAAUUGCCAAUUCUAGAAAAGGAAUCAAUGAAAUAUAAUAGCUAUCUUUUGGUAGCAAGACAUAAAUUGCACAUGUUUAUACAGGAUCUUUAGAUCAUGUGCAAUUUAUAUCCAGCCAAUCAAAAAUACUAGUUUAAAGUAAAUUUCUAUAUGAAUAUGGAUCUCCGAUAAGAAAAUCUAUUUCAACUCUAAUUUUAUAUAGCAAAUAAAUUGGUAGGUAAUUGUUUUUUUAAAAAGAAUCUACCUGACUUUCCCUAAUGCAUUAAAAAUCUUAUUUAAAGAACUUUAUUUAUAAGUUUUAGAAACAUGUGAUAUUGCUUAAACAUCAUUUGUUUGUAUUUUUCAUUCGGAAGCCCAAUAGGGCAAAUUGAAUGAGAUAUUAUUAUGUCUGUUGUAGUACAAUGUAUCCAAUAGAUGCUCAAUAAACUUUUUUGUUUUUAAACUGA